GUAAAUAAAUCAGUGAACGCCCCUUAUGUGUUCAGUGUAACCUACAUAAACCGUAGAUAGAGUGUUUAAUUCUAGUCUAAUCUAUGUAGAUUUUUGUAGACAUUAAUUCCUACAUAACAUUCCAAAGUAUAAUCCUAUACAACAAUUGUAAAGAAAUAAGUCAUGGCAGACCCAGGAUUCCCUGGUCAACAUACGACCACAACAACAGUACAAACAUCCAAUACAACAGUUCGAACAAAUAUGCAUUUCGAUCCACUUUACAUUCGUACUUUGCCAGGCAUACUGAAAGUUGUACAAAUUGUUCUGAAUUUCAUAGGAUUUAUUUGCAUAGAGGCGAGUGGGGUAUUUUCUUAUGCUAGUAGAGGGUCAUGGUUUAUAUUUGUGGCAAUGACUGGAUUUUGGACCACAGGCAUCCUACUUGCCCUCUACUUGUUCCAUCUCAUUGAAGUCCUGUAUAAAAUACCUUGGUUGAAGAUUGAAUUCGUAUUCUGUGCGGUUUUGUCACUUUUGUACCUUAUUGCAGCUGCUAUGGCAGUUACUUAUGCAGUUGAAGCUUAUACUGCUGCAGGGUUUUUCGGAUUUUGUGCUAUGGUUGCUUAUGGUUUUGAUGCCUUUUUAAAAUUCAAGGGAAUAAAAUUGGGGCAACUGGCGCAGGGAGAAAGAGUUGUAAGGAAGGAAACAACAACUGUUCAACAAUAUUAACUUAUCACAAUUAACUUUUUGUGGUUUAUUAAUUUUCCUUAAAAGUAUUACUUAAGUUUAAAUCAUAAUUAAUUCGAAUAUAUUGUAUAUAAUGGUUAUAUGAAUUGUUAAGUUUAAUUUUGUUGUAUGUAUUGAACUUAUAUAGAAUUUGAAACUCAGUUAUUGGAGAUAUAAAUUUACUUUCUAUUUUAUGAAUAGUGACGUAAUAUUGAAAUUAAUUAAUGCAAAUAUAUAAUAUUAUUCUAACAAUGUCUUAUAAACUGAGUUUUUGUGGUA